UCUGUUAUAGCGCUGCAGGCCUCUAGCAUUCGAGGCCAUUUUCUUCUCACAACUGCAUAAACUAAUAGCACAGCUCAGGAGCGUUGCUGUCAGCAUGAGUGGCCCACCUGCCUCACCGGGUGCCAGUGGCCUGCCACCGGGAGGAAUUGUGGGUUUAGCUUGGCAGAGAUACAUCCAGGAGCUCCACCGGCGCCCACUUCGCACAAAAUGCAUCACAUCAGCUUGUGUGGCGGGCCUCAGCGACGUGAUUGCCCAGUUUAUUACUCAAGGAUCCUUUAAAAAUUGGAAGCGCACGCUGGCGGUGGCGGCCUUCGGCGCCGCCUACACCGGCCCCAGCGCCCACUUCUGGCAGAAGUUCAUGGAGUGGCUGUUCAGCGGCAAGGUGGACGUGGGCACGGUGCUGGUCAAGGUGGCGGUGGACCAGCUCAGCUACGGGCCGGUCUGCAACGUGCUCUUCAUGGCGUUCGCAACACUGGUGCUGGAGGGCCGGAGCCUGGCGGAGCUGCGGGUCAAAAUCGGGAAGGACUACCCGUCCGUGCAGCUGUACGGUUGGCGGUUGUGGCCGUUGGCGGCGCUGAUCAACUACCGCUUCGUGCCGCUCCAGUUCCGGGUGCUGUUCAUCAACCUGGUGGCGCUGUGCUGGACCACCUUCCUGCUGCUGCGGGCCAAGCGGGCGCAGCAGCUGGUGGCGGCGGCCAAGCCGCACCCCGCCUAGGAGGCGGGUGCUACCGGCACUGCGACAGCCUCGGAGGGCAGGGAAGAGGAGGCGAGAGCUACCUGCGUAUGCGGGAAUCGGCGCCGGGCUGGGAGGGAUGGGGCUUGCUGAGGUUCUAACUUGAGUGAAAGAAAGAGGGACGGGACUGCCAGCAGCGAAGUGCCAGAUGCCCGAAGGGUUGAUUGGCAAGGUUUCUGCCGUGACACCUUUCAGGCAACGGGACGGUUUUCUUGUUUCGAUUUUUCAGGUGUAUACUACGUCAUUGAUCGAAGGCUGUACCAUUAGUAAGCUGUUUGCUGUCCUCUUCCGGAUGGCUUGACCGUUCUCACGACUGCAGCGCUGCCCGGAGCGCUUCUGCGGCGUCAGUUUUGGGGUUGGUUCAGGUCGGGGCGCCGGGGUGGCUUCGUGUGGAUUAUUCUGGGGGGUUGUAGAGAUUAAUGAGAUGGCUGAGCGGAGGUGGCGCGUGGCCGGCACUGACACAUGCCCCCGGCGCCCUGACACAUGUUGAGAGCCGUGUGCGCGGUGGGGUUGCGGAGCAGGCGUCCCGUAGGUGCGGCUGUUGCCUAACAUACGGUAUGCAUGCGUCGUUGCAGAGUACGCAACGGCCUGCAAGGUCCGUGGUUGAGAAUUGAGGUGCUACGCAACAUGGAUGGUUGCAUAGCUCAAUACUUGCCUAGGUUGCCCACGACAACACGAUGUGCUGCUCAGGUUCUUGGAGUUGAGGGCGUUCUUUGCCUUGGACAGGGACAGAGCUGCCCCUAAGAGUUUUCGGGCCCACUUUUGGGUUUUACUGAGCCUGUCAAAUGAAAUAUGCAUAGGAGUCUUAGGAGACUAGCAACUGCUGCCCGAGCAGAGAUAAUGGCUGUAACUGGACAUGACUAGCCAGCCCAGCUGGGUCCGGGGUGUGCGGCUGCAUCAUUGCAGUAUUGCACGCCGUUGUGUCGGUUGUGACAAGGAGGUCAGGACGUUCAUCACGUUGUCGCGAGCCAUGGCCACGCUGUUCUUCCCUUAUAUGCAGCAGCCGCAAGGGAUUUUUUUUAUGGAAUUCGGCCACUGACGCCGCCCCUGCCUUCGUAAGAUACGAGCGCUGGGGUCCGGCAGUCCGGCUAGGAACGGCCUGAGGAGUGGAUAGGUCGAGGAAAGACGGCCGUCACUUGGAGGCUGCGUCGACCUUGAGUCGUGCUGGGAGUUGCUGGGUGGGCAUGCCUGCGCCUUCAGCCCUUGACCGCCUUUGGUUGCCUCUGACAGGUGAGAGCCCCAAUGCCCCCGCGCCCCACCCUCGCCACUGCAACACGA